AUGAGUGCUACAACUACUCCCACAACUACUGCAGUGGCUAAUAACAGUUCAAAUUCUGCUACUUCACCAACAGUAGCUGUCAAGAGCACUAAUGGUUCGAAUACAUCAUCAAAUAAUGCCAAUAAUUCAGCUUCGGAUUAUUAUGUAUCAUCAAAGAAGGGACUGGCAAAUAAUAGGGUGGAAUCAUCUAGUAGUGGAGAAAGAUGGAAUUCAAUAGAGUUGAGUGAUGUUGCUGCUAGUGGCAAUACUUCAACUAUUCCAGCAUCGUUAUCGAUGGAAAAUGAGCAACACAGUGAUGAUCAUCAUAGUGACAGUACAAUAGAACCUCAUCCACUUGAUGCACAUACUCAUACUAUUGGAAACUAUGCACAAUUGGAUCAGGAAAGUUCAAAACCGAAACUUGCAAGAAAUCCAUACAUUUCACUUCUAUUUCAUAAUAAGAGAUUUUUAAUUAUUUGGAUGGCAGGUGUCUUGUCAGGAAUGGGAAAUUAUUUUUCAGAAAUUGGUAUUGUUUAUGAAGUGGAAGAACGUACAACUGUUGGAUUUGUUACGAGUGGUGUUUUUAUUUCAAUCUUUUUACCUUCAUGUGUUGCUACUCCAUUUGCUGGUGUAGUUUCUGAUAUUUUCGAUAGACGAAAGGUCUUGAUUGUGUGUAAUUUUUUGAGAGCUAUUUUGGCUUUCGUUUUGGUGGCUGGUCCAUUCAUUACCAAUACGAAUGCACUCUUUGGUUUUUACUAUACUAUACUUGCUAUGAUUUUCUUUAUUAAUGCAUUUUACGAUGCUUCGAGAGGAUGCAUGAUGCCACUCUGUGUCGAUCACAAUGAUUUGGUUGCAUGUAAUGCAUUGGAUAGUUUGACAUGGUUGUUUUGCUCGUAUACAGGUGGUGCCAUUGGUGGAGCUGUGAGAGUUGCAUUUGGAUUGAUUACUUGUUAUGUAUUGAAUGGCAUCUUGUUUAUUGGUGCCUUAAUGUUGUCCAUCUGGUUGUUGUGGUUCCCUGAUUUGAAUCCACCGAAACCAGCCGACUUCCCAACUAAACCAAUACCAAUGAUGAAACACUCUCUGAAGGAAUUAAUUGCUGGAUUCAAAUUAUUAUUCAGUGGAAAGGGUUACUUGUUGAGUUUUGUUGUUAUGAAAUUAUUGGGAUCAUCAGUUUGGGCCAGUAUUGAAUUUAUCAAUGUCAAAUUAUCGGAACUUCCAAUGUUGAGCUUAUUCAACAAUGGUGAGCAAGGUAUUCAAAUGACCAACACUAUUGCCUACUGCUUGUUUGGUAUUGGUUCAGGUUUAGCACCAAUGCUUUUCGAAUUAUUCUUUGGAAAUAGAAUUAGAAGAUCAUUGAGGAGUGCAUUCUGGACUCGUGUUGUAAUUUUGGCUUCAUUCUUUGCAAUUUCUAUGGGUUUCUUAUUAAUGUGCUUUACCUAUCAUGCCUCAAUGUUCAUUAUUGCCAAUUGUAUUCUUGGCUCAGCAGGAGGUGUCAUGUGGGUUUACUCAAUGUCAGCAAUCGAACAUUUAACGCCUAAUCAUUAUUUGGGAAGAAUUACUGCCUUUGAUAUUUGUUUUGGAUUUGGAUUGGGACAAGCCAUUGGUGUCAUGAUUCCUUCUCCAUUACUCUAUGAUAUUAUAGGUAUUAAGGUUCCUCACAUCUUUGCCAUUGUCAUGUUUGUUCUCUCUUGGAUGUUGUUCUGUUUAACAAUUGUCUGGUUCUAUUUUACAAGAAAGAUUCACCAACAUUUUGUUGUGCAUGAUGAUGAUCACCACUAG